AGCAUUAAAUGCUUCUUUAUAGAGCUCAUAGUUCUAAAUCAAACCAUUCCCUUUACUUUACCUUUUAAACAUGUACUAUAGCCCUGUAAGCCGCUUUCAUCUGUUUUAGAUGUGUCUAUGAAGGUGGUGAUGUACAGGAAUGAGGAAAAUGACCCAGUUGAAGUGAUGUCAUCACAUUCCAUCAAGGUGCCAGUGGGAACCCAACUAGAACUGAAAUGUCUUUCCACUGCCAAACAAUGCGGGGGCCAGUGGAUGAAGGAUCAAGGCACCCUUCCAAAAGCAAGCGCCAAGUCGCUGCUACAGUGGGACAAGAUUACAGAGGAGGACGGAGGAAGCUACACAUGCUAUGCACAACUUUGUACCGGCCAGAGGAUCACUGUCAGUAUAGAAGUGAUUAAAGACGAUGAAUUUGUGUGGAUCAGGCUCUUAGCAGCUAUAACACUGUCUGCAGCAGUUAUGCUGCUGUUUCUGCUGAUAUUCCUGUGUUACAAAAGGAAACACAGUUUGUCGGAUUCAGAGGAUCCGUCUGCUGUCAUUUAUGAGAACACAAGAAUCAAAAAUGAAGCCAUGGUCCCCAAGCCUGUAGUACAAGACUGCCAGAGUGAUCAUGAGGUCCCAUACGCUGACAUUGUGAUCUCAGUGAGAGGGUCCAGCAUUCCAGAGCUCACAGGCCUCCACAGCCAAGCCCCCCGGGAUCACAGACUCAGGUGGAGAGAGGAGGGAGCAGGAGGAUCUCGCCUGCAUGCUUGCCGCUCUGCCGACAGACUGCAUGUCCACCCCAGGGAUGUGAGCAGGAAAUUAAGUACAACCUCAGAGUAUGCCAUCAUCACCUACUCGACCGAGGCACUUAGUUAGUUCAUUACAGAUCAUGAGCGGCUUGUUGUAACUAUGAAGCUGUCCUUGGUGCUUCUGUAUUGGUUCUUUCUGUCCUAGAAUUGAUCUUAUGAAGAAAUACAGUACUUAGCUAGUAAAAGUCAUAGACCACUCUCUCGUUUGGUUUUAUUUAUUUCCAAUCAGACAGGAGGAACAAGCUCUACUCUUUGUUCAGAUAUGAAAGAUCUUUACAGGAACGGAAACUGUAAUAAAACAGUGGACAAGCUCAAUACUGAAAAUGGAAGAUGUGACACUGCUGUGCUUUUUAUUUGUUUUAUUGUUUGUUUGUUUUGGGGGGAUGGGUUUAAUGGUUUAAUGGUUUAAUGGUUUAAAAAUGUCUCCUGUUUUUUUUUUUUGUUUGUUUGUUUUUUCUUCCUUUUUAAAAUA